CGGCACACAUGCGCAGUAGUAAAAGCGGCGCAAACAGGCAGUCGGACGAGAGAAAAUGAAAAAACAAUGAGCGACCACCACCGGCGCUCAGGGGCUGAAGUCUGAACGCGGAGAGCGCCACAUGGAGGCGGUGCUGAAAAACUUGGCGAGCACGGUGGAGCUGCUGGCUGUGGCGGCGCACAGCAGUGUGGUGGAGCAGUGGGAUAAACAAACUCUAUCCAGAGCUUUUCACUGGACCCAGUACUGCGAACACCUCUUCACCAGGUUCCACAAUAACCCCUCGAUAAGGAGGAUCAUGGAGAAGCAGCUGCAGGUCACAAGUGAAAGUUUGCGAGCUGCCUUCCCUGGAUACACACAGGUUUCCUUCUCGGACCUCUCCCGGUGUCAGCACCUGUUGCUUGUUGGGCUGCUAAAAAAUCCUGAGCUGCCCAUCUCCAUCAUGAAGCAACUCUUUGACACGACAAGUCCUGUAAACAACCAGCAGAGUGAGUAUCAGGAUGUCACUGGCCACUGCAGCCACAUCAUUCAGUGUAAAUCUGCCUGUAAAGUCCUGAGUCCUCUCACCGACCUGUCAGCUGUUGGUGCUGAUGCUGAGGUGCAGGGGUCGAUGCUGAUGGAGAGGCUGGGUGCUGGCAGUGAAGCCUGCUGGACAGAGCACAUUUUAGACUCCGUCCUCCAGGGAUGUGGAGGAGCGACACAACAUUUCUGUCAGGUCAUCGCAGCAGCUCUGCUGACAACAAAAAACUCCGCUGCACAAACUGCUUCACAGGAUUUUCUGUUGGACUGGCUGCAGAAAGAACACAGUGUGCUGCAGCACAUGUGCUCUGCACUGCCUACUACACUUAUUAUAGACCUGGUCACACCACACCUGAAAUUUAGAGAUGCAUAUUGUGAUGUGCUGAAAAAGUUGGCCUCUGAUAUGGAGUACAGCAUAAGUGAGGGUGAAUGGGUUCAAAGUGGCACAAAGCAAACAGUGUCCUUCCAGAGACUGACGGAGCACUUUCUGGCCUUGUUUGAGGCCUGUCCCUCUCUGAGGGAGGAUGUAGAGAAAGAACUAAAUGCUUUGAAAAUUUCUGAUGGGGACUUUGAUGUCAGAGGUCUGAGUGUGUGGGGAGACCUCCUGUCAGCAUUUAAUAAGUGACUGCCAGCCUUGCGGAUUCUUAAGAGCUGGAAGAAAUGUCAAAUGUAUAUUUCUGUCUUUGUCUUUAUGCAAUGUUUGACUGUGGCUGGGUAUUAAACCUCAGCACCACACAUAAUGUGUUCAUAGCACAGAUUUUUGGAAGUUGCCAAUAACUAAAAGCUGGUAUCCAAUUUUCGCUCAGAUUCAUAUUCCUCCUUACUUCUGAUCAGACUGUUUUAAUCAUAACUUUGUUGAUUUUGUUCAUAUUUUAAUAGGCAGAGUUCUUAUAUGGCUGCUUGGGUUAUGACACCAUUCAAAAACUUUGGUUUCCUCUUAAAUGAAAAAUCUGAUUUUGUAGGUAAACAUGUCCAUAACUGGGGAAGAUGUCAAAAAGUACUAUUGGUGUCUGUACCGAUCUCAGAUAUCAAAACACAGUCUUCUAGUUAAAAAAAAUACACAUAAUGAAUGUUGACCAGUCGUUUACAGAGGUUUCUUUUCCAUUUCUGUCACAGAAUCAGAAACACAACUGGAUAAAUGAAUAGGAUAAAAAACAAACAAUUAAAACACAAUUGAUGACAACAUUUUAGAACUGCUCAUUUUAGUGGAUUUGGGAGCCUUAAAAUUUGUUGCAG